AUGGAAGCACCUUAUUGUAUGACGUUCGUGAGCGGGUCAAAAACGGCAUCUUCUUCAUCGUUAUCUUUGAUGGAACAUGGUAUGAUGGAGCGUCUUUCAACAAUUACAUCGGAAGAGUCGUCGGAAGGAAAACAAAUUCAAAAUGAGCAACAAAAAGGGUUAGAGAAUGGGCAAGUUUGUAGAGCGCAAAUAUCUAACGAAUAUGAACCACGAAAUACAAAAGCUAUGAUGAGAUGGAGAAUGUUGAAGAAGUUUUUGUUGAGCAAGCAAUAUGAAAAUACAGACUCUGAAACACCUUCUGUCACACGUUGCAUAUCUAGUUUUGGGUUGAUAGAAAGGAAAGAAGUAAAACAACCUAAAGUGGCGUACGGUGAAACUAUCCCAUCCGCGUUAUCACGCCAUAAAUGGAUGCAUUUUUCGUUGAAGAAAUAUGGAUCCAGUCAGAAGCAAUUUUCUUCAAAUUUCAAUGAAUUAAGCAUUGAGGUGAGGGUAAAAACCGAAACAACCAUGAAAGAUUUGGAGAUUGCAGAUAAGGAUAAUGUGGAUAACACUGGAAACAUUUGUGUUUGGCCUUCUGAGGAAAUUCUCGCCUUCUACAGCGUCUACAAAUUAGGAGCUGAGUUUUUUAAUGGAAAGAGAGUGCUCGAAAUUGGUUGUGGAAUUGGUGUCGCCGGUUUGAUGAUUGCAAAAGCAUUUCCUUGUAUCAAGGAAAUAGUGUUGACAGAUGGAAAUGCAUCAGUGGUGGAAAAUUUGAGAUGUAAUAUUAAUCAUCUUGUGCAAAGUGGUGAUUUGAUUGAGGAGAAAAUCUCAUGUUCUCAGUUACUAUGGCAAAGUACUUCACAGUUGGAAAUGCUGGGAAAGUUUGAUAUCUUACUCGCUGCUGAUUGUUUGUUUUUCGAGGAAUAUCAUAAUGAUUUGAUGACCUUAUUAGAAAAAUCAGCAGAAAAAGUCUUUGGACAUUUAACAGUAAUCAUGUUCAAUCCAAAAAGAGGCAAAAGCUUAGAAAAUUUCGUUUCCAAAUUCCAACAUCAAUCACAAGCAUGCAUACAAAUCAACGAGAAUUAUGACGAAAAUAUUUUCAACACCUGUUUGAGAUACGAAAAGGAAAAUGCGUUCUUUUCUAAGGACAAUCAUUAUCCGUUAUUGAUGGAAAUCAAAUUUUAA